AUGGAUAAGGACAUUGAUGUGGACAAGAUCCUAGAGAAAUUGUUGGAAACCAAAGGAGCUCGUAGUGGAAAACCAGUAAAUCUAACUGAGAGUGAAAUCAGAUCAUUAUGUGUUAGAAGUAGAGAGAUUUUCUUAACACAACCGAUGUUACUAGAAUUGGAAGCACCAAUUAAAAUAUGCGGUGAUAUUCAUGGACAAUACACAGAUUUGUUGAGAUUAUUUGAAUAUGGGGGAUACCCACCUGAAGCGAAUUAUUUAUUUUUAGGAGAUUAUGUUGAUAGGGGCAGACAAUCUUUAGAAACUAUCUGUUUACUACUUGCUUAUAAGAUUAAAUUUCCUGAGAAUUUCUUCCUGCUUAGAGGAAAUCAUGAAUGCUCUUAAAUAAAUCGUAUAUACGGAUUCUACGACGAAUGCAAAAGAAGAUACAACAUCAAAUUUGUGAAAACCUUCACGGAUUGUUUCAACUGUUUACCUGUGUGUGCAGUCAUCGAUGAAAAGAUAAUUUGCAUGCAUGGAGGGUUGUCUCCCGAAUUGAUAAUGAGACCCAUUGAAGUUCCAGACACAGGGUUGUUAUGUGAUUUGUUGUGGUCAGAUCCUGAGAAAGAUUCAUAGGGAUGGCAAGACAAUGAGAGGGGUGUUUCAUACAUCUUUGGACAAGAUGUCAUAUCUAAUUUCUUGAAGAAAAAUGACUUGGAUCUAAUUUGUAGAGCUCAUCAAGUGGUUGAAGAAGGAUACGAAUUCUUCGCUAAAAGACAAUUAGUAACACUCUUCUCAGCCCCCAAUUACUGUGGAGAGUUUGACAACUCAGGUGCACUCAUGAGUGUCGAUGAAACUUUGAUGUGCUCCUUUUAAAUACUAAAAUCGCAAGAUAAAAAAAAUGUUCCAUAAGCCAGACCCAGAACACCGAAAUACGUUAAUUGAUAUAUAUAUAUAUCUGAAAAUUAUUUAAUGCAAUUCAUUCUCCUUGUUGAGUUUUUAAUAGAGUUUAAUAUGGUUGAUAAGAGAAUG